AUGGAUACAGCAACAGUAGACACUUUGUUGACUGCUUCAUCACAUCUGUCGCUUUGUUGGAAACACCCCCCUGUUAGUAAUUGCUUGGGCAAUGUUCAUGAUGUAAGUUCUCGCGCUGACCACCCAAUUCCGAUAGGUCUACUCAAUGCUGCUCGUCGCACUCGCGAAGAAAACAAUUUUGAAUGUAUUGCUGAACGAAAUUUGCAGUCAUGGUCAUCCGUAGACGACUCCAACGUAAAUGAACUUUUGCUGCUGUGA